CGCGAGUGGCAGUUCACGGCUAGUAGUGAGCGCACAGUCAGUCAAGUCAUUCAGUCGGUCGAUUGUAGUCAGUUGGUGGCAGAACUCGCUCCGCUCGCGGAGCUGCGACAUGUUCCUUUCGUAUCUCGGUUCGCAUGAUUCUCAAAUGUAUUGCUCAACUUCUCGUCGACACGGCUUCGUUACGAUUUAUCGACCAGCACCGUGACCGUUUUCUCGAUCUUUUGCACGUUCUUUCCUUUAAUCUUAUUUUCACCAACUCGUUGUUGGUUCUGCGCAGUGAAGUCGAUCGAUGAAAGUGCAAGUGGCAGUAAGGUCAGUGUGUGCGUAAGGACCUUCCUUUCUUCCGACUUGGGAUUAGUGAUAAAGUGAGAGGUACGUGGCGACCUUGAACAGGAUCUCGAAGAGGACCUCCACGAAGAGGUGACAGUCUGGAGAAGACGGGACGUAAACGUAGCCACGGAUGGUUAACGACGUAAUGAGCGAGUACGAACGAAUCAAGCGUUCGUGCUUGAAACGAGGUGAAUUAUGGGAAGAUCCAGAAUUUCCAGCAACGCAAACCUCGGUCUUCUAUCAUCAAACACCUCCGUUUCAAUUUCAAUGGAAGAGACCAAAGGAAUUAUGCAAUCGUCCAAUAUUCGUCAGCGAUACACCAGCCCAGUUCGAUGUAAUUCCUGGAAAAAUGGGUGACAAAUGGCUGGUCUCCUGUCUGGGAGUUCUUCACCUGAGCAAAGGACUGUUCUACAGGGUGGUGCCAGCUGACCAAGGAUUUGGGAACAGCGGAGAGCCGCCUGGGUCACCGACGGCCGAGUACGCCGGGGUAUUCAGGUUCCGUUUAUGGUGGUGCGGCGCAUGGGUCGAAGUUCUCGUCGACGACAGGCUGCCGGCGAUUCACGGACGGCUAGCUUUCGUGCAAAGUCGUCACAGUGAUCAAUUCUGGCCGGCUCUUCUGGAGAAAGCGUACGCCAAAUUGCAUGGAUCUUACGAAGCCCUUAAAUAUGGAACGUUAUUAGAUGGUUUAUCUGAUCUUACCGGAGGAAUCACAGAAAGUAUCGCAAUACGUCAAGAUCCUACUGCGUGCGGACGUGUUCUUGCGAAGCUUCUUGACAUGACGUCCCUUAUCACGUGUACAGUAAAUAACAAUCAACAACAAAUUCGUGCUAGUACGGAGAAACUUGCAAAUGGUAUUCAAAUGGGGAUCAAUUAUCGAUUAUAUGCUAUUGAAAGGGUGGAAACAUUCAAUGGUGAAGCAGUUCAAUUAGUAAAAUUAAGAAAUCCUCUUGGACCUGGCAGGGAAUAUGUUGGCGCUUGGGCGAGAGGUGGUCUCGAAUGGGAUGAAAUACCACCAAUGGAAAGAGAUCGUUUAGCGGUCAGGAACAUGGCCGAGGGGGAAUUCUGGAUAUCAUAUUCAGAUUUUGUGAAGACAUUCACUCAUUUAGAAGUUGUACAUCUUGAUGCUGAAACAUCGAGAGAUGAACCAUCGUUGCAUAGCAAACAUACUUGGCAAAUGAAACUCUAUCAAGGUAGCUGGAGGAGAGGUGUAACUGCGGGAGGAUGUCGAAACAAUGAAGAAACUUUUCAUAUUAAUCCACAAUUACAUCUAAUUCUAAGUGAAAUGGAAGAAGUAAUUGUUUCUUUAUAUCAACACUCUAUUAUGGAGAUAAAAGUAAUAGGAUUCACGGCAUAUACUUUACCGAAAAAUAGCACAGAAUCAAUAAAUAAACAGUUCUUUAAAAAAAAUAAAUCUUUGGUAAAUUCACAAUAUACAAAUAGCCGUCAAGUCAGCCACAGGUGCCAAUUAGAUCAAGGUGGAUAUUUAUUAGUUCCCACUACUUUUGAACCUACACAAGAAACAAGUUUUACACUGCGAGUUUAUAGUAGUAAACCCUUAAAACUUAAACUUCUUGAUACUCCGCCAUCUUUGGUAAAAUCGGCUAUUAUUAAAGCACCACCUCUUGAAGGCAAAGGUUUUUCGCAAUAUGAAGCCGUUUUUUUACAACUCGCUGAUGAGCAUAGAACAGUAAACGCUUUUGAAUUACAAGAACUUCUUGAGGCUUGUUUACCAAAUGACUAUAUAAAGAGCUGUGCUUGUAUGGAAGUAUGUCGACAAGUAGUUCUUACAAUGGAUAGUUCCGGAAGUGGUCGAUUGAAAUUUAACGAUUUCAAAGAUCUUAUGUGUAGUUUAAAAUAUUGGCAAGCUGCUUUUAAAAAUCAUACGAAAGAAAAGACUGGUAUACUUAAAGCGGAACGAUUACGAGAUGCAUUAUUAGAAGUGGGAUUCCAAUUAAAUACAGAUGUUCUUUCAAUUUUAAUUCUUCGAUAUAUGAGAAAAGAUGGAACGCUUAGAUUUGGUGACUUUGUUUCAGCAAUUUUACAUUUGAGUGAUGCAUUUGGAAUAUUUGAAAGUAAAGAUCCUUUGCAAAAUGGGACUAUAAAAUUAAGUUUAACCGAGUGGCUCAGAUCAUCUCUGAUGUGCUGAAUUCACUACUCAAUAUAAUGUGUGUACCUUGAAAUAUUUGUAAAUAAUGUUUUCUACAUCGUAUAUAGAUAUAAGUUUUAGCCAUAUUAACAAUAACGAUAAAAUCCAUUUUUUGUUUUGUUUGUAAAAUAUCAUUGUUUUCGCCAUUAGCAAUCAUCAUUCCUUCAUUUGAUUAAACAUUAUAAAUGACUAUGUAUUAUAUAUUAUUUGUAUAAGAAAUUCAUAAUACAUAAUAAAGUAAAUUUA